UUUCUCCUUCCGUUAAUAAACCACGCAGAGAAUGCAGUGGUGAGAUACUUUUUCUAGUAGUGAAUCGAAACCCUUUUGGAGGGAGUCCCACCACCCCAAUCCUCCUCACCUCCCUCCCUCCCCAGCUGUUGCUAGCUGUCCCUAAUCCCCACCCCCAUGUGACCCACCUCCCUCCCUCUCCAAAACCUCAGGGCCUUAAAAAAAUGUCCCCAAAAAUCCAAAGGAAAUGCCACUCAUUCAUUUAUGUUUAUGAUUAUUAUGCUAGCUGCAUGUUGCAUUCUGAUUCCUGCUUCUCCUGCAGCUGCCCAUGUACUCUUGCUGCCCUGCUCACUUCCCUUUAAUAUCUCUUUUUACUGUUUUUUUAGGACUCCCGAGAUUUAUUUGCCCUAAAUAUUCAGGGAUCAUUGCAGUUGUAGGUUGUUUGUUGGCUUGGUUGUUGGUGUUUCCAUUUUUUUUUUUCUUGGGAUUUAGUUUUGGUUUUGGGUUUCUCUCUCUAAUAACACACAUAUUUUAGGGUACCCUAUAUUUGGGAGGGGAGGUCACAUUGAGAGAAUGGCACAAUUACCUCCUAAAAUACCAAGCAUGACACAAAAUUGGCCAUCCUUCCCUCACCAAAGGCUACCCGCCAUGGCCAAUUUCAUCCCCACCGCCACGACCACUUCCGCCGCCGCAGUUCAACCCUCUUCCAACCAACCGAACCAACAACAACAAUCCUCGUCGUGCAAUUGGAUGGACGAGUUCCUCGACUUCUCCUCCGCCAGGCGCGGGGCCCAUCGGAGGUCUGCAAGCGACUCCAUUGCCUUUCUUGAGUCCCCGUUGAUACUUGACGAGGAAUGCAGGAAUCCUACCGCCACCAUGAUGCAUCAUCACGGAUCGACCAACAACCUCGGCUUCGACAGACUGGACGACGAGCAGCUAAUGUCCAUGUUCUCCGAUGACAUGUCGGUGACCGUGCCGCCUACCAUCUCGUCGUCCAACCCGUCCACGCCGUCCGACCAGAACAGCAAUAACGACGAGAACAAUAUUAAUAAUGGCAAUAAUAAUAACAUGAAGCCAUUGAUGCUUCAUUUGGACCAGCAGCAGCAGCCUAAAACGGAGCCCGGAGAGGUUGAAAGCUCGUCGUGCGAGGCUGACGCUAAUGCUCAAUCUCAUCCGCCACCGCCCACCUCCCCGGCUGACCCAAAGAGGGUCAAAAGGAUUUUGGCAAACCGGCAAUCAGCACAGAGGUCGAGGGUGAGAAAAUUGCAAUAUAUUUCGGAGCUUGAACGCAGCGUUACAACAUUACAGUCGGAGGUAUCGGCGCUGUCACCAAGGGUUGCAUUUCUAGACCACCAGAGGUUGAUUCUAAACGUUGAUAAUAGUGCUCUCAAGCAACGGAUUGCUGCUUUGGCUCAAGACAAGCUUUUCAAAGAUGCUCAUCAAGAGGCACUAAAGAAGGAAAUAGAGAGGUUAAGGCAGGUCUAUCACCACCAAACCCUAAAGAAGAUGGACAACCAAGGAAACCGAAACCAAAACGCUCAGCAGCAUCAACAGCAACAGCAACAGCAGCAGCAGCAGCAGCAGCAAUCAAACCCAGACAUCAUGGUCUGUACGGAUCACAAUGAGCAGCAAAUUCUCAAUUGAAGUCGAAGAUGCAUCGUGGAUGAUAUAAUAUACAAUGCAGAAUGCAGAUGCAUACAGUGGCAUAUAAUGCUAACUUUGGCCUUACAUUCACGUGAAGUGUUUCCACUUAUAUGCUUUAUAUGUGGGACCCCUGACAAGGUAGUGAGAUUGGAGGCUAGAACAUGGACACGUGGACUGCUUGGAUAGGGUGCUGAAACAAUUUUUUUAUUUUCAGUAAUCAAUUUUUUUUGUUGGGGAGGUUGGCCACUUGGCUUUGUUUUUUCCUUUUUCUUUUUUUUUUUCAGAUUAUUAUUUUCAGAUUUCUUUGUUUUUUUUUAAUUUUUUUUUAAUUUUUUUAAUUUUUUAAUUUUUAUACUUUUGAUUAAUUUUGGAAGAAUGGUUGGGGAUUUUGUUUUCCUUGGCGGGGAGGGAGGGAUCUGUAACAUUGAAGAAGAACUGGUCCGGGGAGGAGUGGUCAUGUCCGAGUCUAAUUGUUGUAUCUUUUUUCUGUGCUUUUCUUUCUCCUUUGGACUAAUAAUGUGUUAUGCCAAUUAUUUAUGUUAUUUGAUUUUUUUUGGAAAAAAAAACUGUAAAAUAUAUCAAAAUUCAUAAGCAUCUUGAAUCGUUUA